GUAGAAAAGAGAAAGCUUAAGGAUACUACAGCGGAAAGGAAGGGAAAGGAAUCAAAGAUGGGGGGAGGAAUGGAGGCGAACAAGAACAGGUUCAUUGAAGAUUGGGGCAGUGCGAGAGAGAAUCUGGAGCAUAACUUUCGCUGGACUCGCCGCAACUUCGCUCUCGUCGGCAUAUUCGGCAUCGCUAUCCCCGUCCUUGUCUACAAGGGCAUUGUUCGAGAAUUUCAUAUGCAGGAUGAAGAUAAUGGUAGGCCAUACAGGAAGUUCUUGUGAGUUUUUCUCCGCAAAGCUGGAUAAUAAAUGUUGACGAGUACAACAGGGUUUUAUCUUGGACAACAAUUUCUGUUAUGUACUUGGUUUUGGAACUUGUCAUGUUGUUAUUUGCUCGGUUUUGAAACAAAUUCUGUGCUCUGCUUCUUUUAAGUUUCUGGUGUAGCUUUUGAAUAUUUGGUCCAUAUUACAAGUUCAAAUAAUCUGGGUUUCUGCUGCA